CUCUUCUUGCGGCCACCUUCCCCCCCCCACCCUGAGGCAACCUGCUCUGCUCCCCAGAUCUUGCAAGCCGACGGCGGGAACUACUGCGCCUCGGUCAACGCGGCCACCCUGGCGGUCAUUGAUGCCGGCAUCCCCAUGCGGGACUACGUGUGCGCCAGCUCGGCCGGCUUUGUGGACGACACGGCCCUGGCCGACUUGAACUACGUGGAGGAGGCGGUGGGCGGCCCCCAGCUGGCCUUGGCCCUCCUGCCCAAGUCAGAGCAGAUCGCCCUGCUGGAGAUGAACGCCCGCCUCCACGAGGACCACCUGGAGCGCAUCCUGGAGGCCGCCAGCAAGGCCUGCAAGGACGUCUACCUGGUGCUGGACCAGGUGGUGCGGGAGCACCUGCAGGAGGUCACCGCCUUGCUGGGCAAAUGAGCACCUCGCUGGUCAGCCGGCCUGCGGGCCAGAGAAGGAGGCCCCCUCCCUAGCAGAGCUACUCUUGAGACUGGGUGGCGUGCGGGUGGGAGACGGGGCCUCGGUGACAGCCCCAGGAGGCCACGGCAUUGGGCAGGAUGCAGCCGGGAGUGCUCGCGCACGGCCACCCUCCACGCGGGGAGGAUGUUUCCGGUGGGUUCUUGUACAGAAUGUUUUUUUUUCUUUCAAAAAAUAAAUGCUUUUCUAAGGAG